CUGUAGCUACCUGCCUAGUGCCUACCUUUCUUCUCUCAGAUCUCAUCAUCUGCUGAACUUAGACUGAAUCAUGGCUGCAAAAUUUGAGGGUGGAGCAUACCUCUCUUCCUUUGUUGAUGCUGUUCUGAACAGGUUGUCUUCGGUCAAUUCAACCCCAAUAGCAACCAAGCUAGCUGACCAGAAGUUGCUUCAAAGGAUGAAGGCAAGUCUCCGUGCUGUUCGAUGUGUGCUUGAUAAUGCUGAGCAGAAGCAGAUCAAAGACCAAGAAGUCAAGAAAUGGCUUUUUGACCUCCAAGAUUCUCUCUAUAUGGCUGAUGACUUGCUUGAUGAACUCUCCACUAAAGCUGCCAUUGCCACUCCCAUUCAAACGGAUCCAGGUAACUCUUCUUCCUGGACUCACUAUGUUGAUUCAAUCUUAGAAGAUAGUGAUGAUGCUGAGAUUGGGAUAGUAAAUAGCAUGCAAGACAUAGUUCAUAAAUUGGAGUCUCUUGUUGAAGAGAAAGAUGAUCUUGGUCUAAAACAAGAGCUUGUCAAAGAUGUGGAGGACAUGUCAUGGAGAAUUCAAUCAUCUCUGGUUGAAACUUAUGAGAUAUUUGGAAGGGAUAAUGACAAGAAAGCCAUAAUAGAAUUGUUAUUAGAUGAUACUUGUGAUGCUAACAUAUCUGUUAUCCCCAUUGUUGGUAUGGGAGGAGUUGGAAAAACUACCUUGGCUCAGCUGGUUUACAAUGAUGCUAGAGUGGAGGGGGAAUUUGACAUUAGAGCAUGGGUGUGUGUUUCCGACCAAUUUGACAUUGUUAAUGUUACAAAAACCCUAAUAAAAGCUGCAGGUGCUAGUUCUUGUAACGAGGAUGAUUUAAGUUUACUUCAAACUGGAUUGAAGGAUAAGUUAAUGGGGAAGAAAUUCUUAAUUGUUUUGGAUGAUGUGUGGAUUGAUAAUUCCAGAAGCUGGAAAAGUCUUCAAAAACCUUUUCAAUAUGGGAAAAAGGGAAGCAAGGUUCUUGUAACAACUCGAAAUGAUAAUGUUGCCGAUGUAGUGAAAACUAUUUCAGCAUAUAAGCUUGGUUUAUUGUCAGAGAAAGAUUGUUGGUCACUUUUUGUGAAACGUGUAUUUCUUUCUACUGCAUCGGAGUAUUCAACUCUAGAAUCGGUUGGUCGAGAACUUGUCAAAAAGUGCAAAGGGCUACCUUUGGCGGUAGAGGCCCUUGGUUCCUUAUUACGUACAAUAAACUAUGAUGAAAGGGAUUGGGAUAGUGUAUUGAAAAGUGAACUAUGGGAAGUUUUUGAAGAUCAGAAUGACGAGAUUAUUCCUGCAUUAAGAAUUAGCUAUCAUUAUCUUCCUUCAAAUCUAAAGCGAUGCUUUGUUUAUUGUUCUUUGUUUCCAAAAGAUUAUGAAUUUGAUAAAGGUGAGCUGGUCUUGCUAUGGAUGGCAGAGGAACUUUUACAGCCAAAAGGAAAAAAGUCUUUGGAAGAACUUGGUUGUGAAUAUUUCGAUCAAUUGGUUGCAAGGUCCUUUUUUCAGUCCUCUAGUACUGAUAACAGCUUCUAUGUGAUUCAUGAUAUCAUGCAUGAUUUGGCAACAAUUUAUGCUGGAGAAUUCUAUUUUAGAGCUGAAAAAUUUGAGGAAAAUAACAGGAUCAGCAAUAAAACUCGCCAUUUAUUGCAUAACUCAAGAGGAAACUAUCCCUUCUCGAAACUUGUUGCAGCUUGUGGUAGGGUAAAAGAUGUGAGGACAUUUCUUGAAAUAAAUUUGGAUGAUGAUGAUCAUCCUUUCAAUAUGGAAAGCGCUCCUCAUAUCUUUUCAUCACAGCUGAAGUGCUUAAGAAUUUUGUCAUUUAAUACAUUUCCUCUUUAUUCAUUACCCAAUUCAAUAGGUGAAUUGAUUCAUCUGCGUUAUUUGGAUCUCUCGUAUACAUGUAUACAGACAUUGCCUGAGGAAUUGUGUACUUUGUACAAUCUCCAAACAUUGAAGUUGAAGAAAUGUCGUUGGCUAAUGAAGCUACCCAACAAUAUGCAAGAUCUUGUAAAUUUACGUCAUCUUGAUAUUGAAGGAGCUGGUCUUGAAGAGAUGCCAAAAGGAAUAAGCAAAAUGAAGGAUUUGCAGUUUUUAAGUGACUUUGUUGUCGGCAAGCAUGCAGAGAAUAAUGGAAUUAAAGAAUUGGGAGCUCUUGCAAAUAUUCACGAGACGCUUCGCAUUUGCCAAUUAGAGAAUGUCAUUGAUGGUGAUCAAGCUUUGGAGGCAAGAAUGGCUGAGAAGAAGAACAUUAGGAGUCUAUAUUUGACUUGGUCAUCGGACAACCAUACGGCUGAUUCUCAAGAUAUAAUCAACAAUCUAAGGCCUCACACAAACUUGAGAGAGCUAUCAAUCAAUGAGUACAUGGGUCAAACAUUUCCAAAUUGGUUAGGACAUUCUUCCUUCAGAAAUAUGACCAAAAUCUACUUGAAAUGCUGCAGCAAUUGUAUUGAGCUUCCUUCACUUGGACAGCUACCCUCUUUGAAGCACUUGCAGCUCAGCGAGUUUAACAAAUUAACGCGCGUCGGUGCUGAGUUUAACAAACAUGCUGAAUCUUCUUCUUGUGGGACACCCUUUCCAAUGCUUGAAACUCUGUGUUUUUCUGAUAUGUAUUGCUGGGAGGAGUGGCUUUUAGUUUCAUCUGAGUUUGAGUUGGAUGCUUUUCCUCGGCUUAGGGUGCUUACAAUGCGAAAUUGUCCUUUGUUAAGGGGAGAUUUACCCAGUCAACUACCUGCUUUGAAAAGCCUUCGCAUUAGUCAAUGUGCUCAACUUGCCUUUACUCUCCCAAGAGCAGAUGCAAUGCUCAAGUUAUCUGUUGAAGGACCCCACCAAGUGGAGGCCGUCUUUGAGGCCAUUGCUCGCAACCAACUAAACUGUCUACAAUCUUUAAGAAUCUCAAGAUGUUAUUCAUCCAUAUCAUUUCCCGGAGCAUGUAUGCCUUCUUCAUUGCAAAACUUGGAAAUUCUCGGUUGCCCAUAUCUAGAGUUCCCAAUGUCGCAGAAGCUGUGUGAGUCAUUACAGUCGGUAUCAAUAUUCGACAGUUGUUUUUCACUUGUGUCCUUCCCUUUGGCAAGCUUUCCAAAUCUCACUGCACUCAGAAUUUCAUCCUGUAAAAAUAUGAGGUCUCUGGAGGAAUCAUAUCCUACUGCUGCUUCAACUUCAAGUCUCCGCUCUUUAAGCAUCAACAGCUGUCCUAGUCUUGUGUCUUUUGAGAUGGUUGCACCCCAUCUAGAGGAUCUCUUCCUAAGCGAUUGCUCAGAAAUUGAGUCAUUUCCUGAAGGGGGUUUGCCACCAAACCUGAAAAUGCUUGACAUCCGAAGUUGCAAGAAGCUGGUCACGUACCUAGCAUCCAUGGACUUGCGUGAUCACUGUCUUACACAUCUUGACAUUGAACAUCCUUAUGAUAACAUCAAUUCCUUCCCCAUGGACGGUUGCCUGCCAUCCUCCCUUGAGACUCUCUAUUUGCGAUGCUUUCCAAGUCUAGAAAUCUUAGACUGCAAGGGACUUUACCAUCUCCAGGAGCUAUUGAUAGAUCAUUGUCCCAACCUGCAGGAUGUUGCGGGGAAAAGCUUUCCUGCCUCUCUGUCAAUUCUCAAAUUAUAUGGAGAUUCUUUGCUGAAGAAAUGCUGGCAGAUGAAGGACCCGCUGAUUUUGUCCAAAAUGUCCCACGUCCGCAACAUCAAUGAUGACGGACUUUGGAUUUCAUGACUCAAGAAAGUACAAUUGCUUUUUCUGUCCAUCAUCUUCAACAGUACUCUUGGAUUUCAUCGAAACUAUCCUUAUUCAACCAGAGUAACUUGAAUUUCCCAGUUCAACCAUGGGCUUGAUUUAUUGCUGAACUCACAAAUGGAGCAUCAAACUCGACUAUUAUAGGUAUGUUCUUACUGCUGGGGUCCUAUAUCAUUGCUUGUACGCAUGGUAUGCCUUCUUAUUAUGGUUUUUUCAUAGGAAGCAAAGAGAUAACUAUGUGCCCGAGGUUUUGUUUUGUUGCGUUCAGGGAUGUAAAAGUCGCUGAAAUCUGUUGGUUAAGCACUUGUAUCAAAUUGAUAAUCCAAAUGAAAUUCAGCCCAAGUUUACAUAAAUAGGUUCUUAGUAGAGUUUUCACUUUAUCAUUCAAGUAGGAAAUGAAGGAGCAGAGUAAUUUGGACAAGCAAGGAGAAUAAUGCUGAAGGAUUCUGAGACAUGACAUGUUGACUGUAAAUUUGCAAAUGCAGCAUGUUCUUGAAGUGGUUCAAGCUCCAUGAUAAAUCCAAAUUGUGUACAUUCUAUUGUGACUGCACCCAUAGAGGUGGUUAACAAACCUGAAGUCAAUAGCAAAAAGAAAGAUAAUUCUAUUAAAUUGGUUUGAAUUAAUUUUUAUUUACUCACUAUUUGUGGCUUAAAUGUUUGGCCUUACAUGUAUAUACCUUGUAUAUCAUUUGGAAAUAGUACUGUCAAUAUGACGAAAGACUUGAGAUUUCAGUUUAACAAGGAUUUCAUUUUCUGCAUGUGGCUCAUUUGCUGUUUAAAGUGGCUUCUUUUUUUCCUUUGUUUCAUCCUAGUUCCUACGAUUUUGUAAGCAAAGUCAAGCAAU